UUGCGCUGAGCGCCAUGCAGGGACUAGGGAGCCCUACCAAGCAACAGUCCUAUAUCAGCUCGCUUAUCCGCUGUAUGGGCCCCACCGAACCUCCCCGAGUCCGGCACACCGCACUUAGAGCUGUUUUUGAAGCUCGAGAAGCACUAGCUUCGAUGACAAGUGCCUUGAUGCCAGAGGGUGUCGACGCACAACUCCUGGAUAAGCUUUCUUGCGCUCUUUUGACUGCUAUAAAGAACGACGAGUGGUAUCAACGUCUGAUCCGUGACGGUCAUCUCCGCCGGUGUAUUUCUCUAGUGGACAGAGUCAGUCACCAACAGCGUGGCUGGUAUUCCGGAUUCUGCCUUCUUGUGAUCAUCGGGCACAUCAAGUCGUCACAUAAGGAUCUUCCCUUCAGUCCUGCCGAAGAGAGGUGGCGGUCACUCAUCGCACACGCAUGGUCCACAGUGCAAUAUAACAUGGAGGAUGACCUCGUCAUCGAUGGAAUAUCAGCCCUCGUGACAGCAACGAGGAUGAAUUUGAAAGCCUCGUAUAAUAGUGUUCCAAAGGGGUGGUUCGCAGAUUGCGCUGUAAAGGUGCACGAGGUUUGGGUCAAAUUGCAGGAGAAACAAGCGACCCUUGUGAAGGGUGGUGUAGCUCGUGCCAGAGUUGAUACCGCAAUACCCAAUGUGCAGGGUCUGCACGACGAGCUGACUCAUAUGGUCAAGAAACGGAACACAUCACAAGGACUUGGCUUCGGGAUCGUGAAA